UUGUUUACCUCGCUGCUGCAGCUCACCUGUAGGUGCACCUGUCAGUCUGUCACGUUCAUACCUUUACAGUAAUCCAGAAAAACAUAACCAGGAAGACAAAGGUUUUUUUCAGAGAGUCGCAUGACUGUGCAGGAAUGUGCGGACAACAGAUCAGAUGCAUUGUCAGAAAUAAUUGACCUGAAUAACUAAUUGAGAGCUGCAGAAAAAAUGCUCCGUUUCCUCUGCUGCUGCUGCUCCUCAAGUGAAAACUCCACCGAUGAGAGACAGCCUCUCCUGCACCCCACACCACCUGACCUGAAUGGAGUUGGAUCAGUCAGGCAGACCUUGCCAGCACACAGUGAUGCUCAGACCGUGAAGCGGAUCGGCAGGUUGGUGAUGAGGCGAGCGUGUGUGCCAGAGCUGGACCAGAGGUUUUCUGACAUGGCAGAGACAUUCAACGAACAGCACGAGCGCUAUGAGGCAAUGGUGCGACAUAUCAGCAACCUGCGUCAGAGCUACGGCUGUAACCACGAUGACACCAUGGCUUUAGCCGCAUGUGUGGGGGCGAUCAGAGACGAGCAUGAGGCCACCUACAGGGUCUCCCUUAAAUUGAAGGGCUACGACUUCUCCCUCAAUGUGGUUCCUGUGGGCAAAAGUGAGGAGCAACCACUGCCUCCACAUCUGCAGUUGGCUCAGGAUGAAGUGAAGGGCAUUUCUGAGAGCGCCAAAGCCACCAUCUCAAAGGAUACCAGACUGCAAGAGAUGAUUGGCUCGCUGCUACGUAGCAGGGAUCAGAUGGCAGAGCAAGUGAAGGGGGCUGCAGCCACACACCAGGAACAAGGAAGGCUGAGUGAGAACCUGGAGGAGAACCUUAAGGAAGUGAGGAGGGCGAAGGAGUUGUCGCUGGGAUACAUACAGCGGGCCAAGGAAAUCCUCACUGAGGCUGCACAGAUAACAAGGGCUUAGUUCAUGCACAUUUUAGAUACUUAAUUUGAAUCCACCAAUUACAAUAGGAUUUAAAUAUUUACAGAGGUUAUACACACUCUUUGAUACAGACACACACAGAAAAUCAUGCAUGUUUUUAAAUAUACGAAGUAUACUCUCUGCUUUGCAGGCCAUUGCAGCCUCUUGUAUCACGUUUGUUAUGAGAACAGACACACUUGCGAUGAUAUCUGCCUUUUAAAUGUUUUAUUCAACUUUUAAUACAUAUAGCAAAGGCUCACUUUAACACUUAAACUAUAUCAAAGACAGUAUUUUCCUGGGUGGGUGUAAUAUUACCAGCUAACAUUAGGGGGCAUUGCAGACUUACUUUACUAUUCUAAUCUAUUCCUCAGAUUUAGUCUGUUUUUUCAGAAAUCACACCACAUACAUAAAGAUUCCCUGAAAUCCAGAAUCAGGUAUCAGAAUAACAAAUGUAUUUCUAUUUUUUUGUAGAAAUUUGUAUCUGAUUAGACACUUAAAUGUUUGCAAAACUUUA